AUUGCUUGACUACAAAAAUCAAGACACAAACAGAAGAGAUUAAUGAAGAUAAAAUACAAAGAGAACUUAGAUCUCUCAGUGAAUUAUGGCAUUGGUGGGAGGACACAGAUGAAAUGAGCUCACCUCGAAUUACAUUGCAUGAAUUAAUUAAGGGAUUUAUACCUUACUCAUUAGUUUAUAAAGUUACUUCAAUGUUGAAAUCAAGAGGAAAAGCUAAAGAAUCAAUUAUUGAAGGAAUGAUUAGCUUCAAAGAAUAUUUAAAAGACUACUGGAAAGAACGAUGUGAAAAAGUAGUAUUAUGGGAAACUGAAAACAAUAUUACAAACAAACUAAAAAGACAAAAAAAGGGAGAAAAUUUUUAUAACAGUAGGAGAAAAAUGAAAAGAUGUAGUGAUAAGAACAUUGAUAGUAGUUCAGCAUCAGUAGAAUCUAUUGGGGGGAAAUAUAAUAAAAUUGAACUAAUAGAAAAAA